AUGGCGCUUAACGACUUCAAUCCCGGGCAAAUCAUUGCCGGCUAUGUGGAUCCUGCACGGCUUAGCCCCAAGAUUCUCCAAACGGUAACUGAGACGUUGGAGCUGAAUAUGAACAGUUUCCAGUCUGUUAUUGCUGUGUCGGGAAAGAACUACUUCUCUUUCGGUCAAGAUGGACAGGCCUUCAUGGCCUUAUACAUGGGACGCACACUCAACAAGCCAGUCAUGUGGGUGAAAGACGGCAUGUGUAGCAAAAAUGACAGAUGGAUCCUCGGCCCUUGCGAGAGGUUCAUCUCUAGUCCCCACAUGAUUGUAUCUGUCAACGGUAUCGCUGUUGUUGUCCGAAGACCAUCACACCAAUUUCUUGAAGAAUCUACUGGUUCAGAGUCGGGUACCAAUUAUACAGACAGCCCCGAGCCUCAGUGCAAAGUCAAGGUCCCUCGGCCUCCCAACGCUUACAUUCUCUACCGCAAAGACCACCAUGCCAAGGUGAAGCAGUUCAACACCCAGCUCACCAACAACCAGAUAUCGGUCAUUCUCGGGAAAGCCUGGAAUAACGAGUCACAUGCCGUACGCGAGAAGUAUACCGAACUUGCGAGGUUGCACAAGGAACGCCUCAUGAUGCUCCAUCCCGACUACCGCUAUACUCCCCGUAAACCUUCAGAGAAACGCCGGCGAAGCCGCACCGACAAGCCGAAGAAACUUAGUCAAGCCCAUGAGCUUUCUCAGUCAAUCUCAUCACAGCACUUGAGAUAG